GACACUUUCAAAAGUGUUACGAGUUUCUGCUCUUCAUGCCUCCUUGGCGCUUAUACUUUACUUACGUUUCCAUAACUAUUGGGAGUUCUUUCGUAUUCGGAUAUCAUACGGGAGUUAUCAACGCACCAUUAUCGCUCAUCCAAAAUUUUACUCAGAAAAUUAUUGAUGAAAGACGAUACACAUGUGGCUCUUCAUGUGUGAGAGUGAUUUUAUCAAUAUGUGUGACGGGAUUUGUUAUCGGUGGGUUAUUUGGGGGCCUGUUUGGUGGAGUUUUAGCUAAUAGGUUCGGUCGAAGAAAAACAUUGUUUCUUCUUUCCAUCCCAACAAUUUUAGGAUCUUUACUCAUCAUGGUUUCGGUGAGCUUGAGAUCGUUCGAGGCUAUCAUAUUCGGGAGAUUUAUAGUUGGUCUGUCUGCAGGUGCUUAUACAGUUGUAACACCUACAUACCUUUCAGAGAUUGCUCCAAUAAAGUCUCGUGGUGUGGCAGGGGUUAUGAAUCAAUUUGUUACAGUGCUGGCCAUUCUUUUAUCCCAGGUUCUAGGUCUGUCGCAAGUAAUGGGGACGGAUAAAUUCUGGCCAUUCUUGUUGGGUCUUUGUGCUCCUGUUUGUCUUUUUCAUGUGAUACUUAUGACGUUUUGUCCUGAAAGUCCUAGCUACUUGUAUUUAGUAAAGGGAGACAAAGAUGCUGCAAAACAUGCUCUUUUGUUUCUAAGAGGUAAGGACUACGAUGUUUUUAUGGAGCUUGAAUCAUUUCAACGAGACCUGGAAUAUAACUGUAAACAUAACUUUGGAAUGGGUAACUUAUUUCGAGUUCAACAUCUCCGAUGGGGCUUAUUUGUUGCCCUUAUCCCACAUUUCGGGCAGCAACUUUCAGGAAUCAAUGGUGUUUUGUAUUACUCUGUUCCGCUAUUCGAAAGUGUUGGCCUAACCAACAGAGAUGCCAGUUUUGUCAAUCUUGGGGUUGGAGCAGUCAUCGUGUUAGGCACAAUUGUGUCAGUGUGUGUUAUUGACAGAGGAGGCAGACGGAUGCUAUUACUCGUUGGAUUUUCAGUAUGCUUAGUCAGCUUAAUUACAUUUACAACAGUUUUGUCAAUUCAGAAGUUCAGUCAUGCAUCUUGGUUAACCUACAUUUCUAUUCUUGUAUUAUACCUAUUUGUUUCAGGAUUCUCCUUUGGCCCAGACUAAUAUAAGUGAGGUAAAGAAGACCCUUUAAUAGCCAAUCAAUAAUUAUUGAAAAUCGUAGAGUACCAUCAGCUGAUUAGUAGAUAUGGAAAAUACUUGAAUGAGCGUAUCUAUAAAAAUUAAUGUAAGUCUAAACGUGUGAGAUAUCUAAAAUUGCUAAUAAACAGAAGUUAGUGGUCUGUAAUCAUAUAACAAGUAAAAAUUAGCAUUUAUCAAAUAUGCACAUUUUGAAGUAAGUGAAUCACUUACUUAAUAUACCUUGCGUUUCUGCAGUUAUAAUAAUCUUAUGAAAUUUUCAGGCUCUGUUCCUUGGUUCCUUGUGGCUGAACUAUUCACUCAAGAAUAUAGAGAUGCUGCACAAAGUGUGGCUGUGGGUACAAAUUGGUUGUGUAAUAUUCUGGUCGGACUUCUUUUCCCUCAACUACUCGCGCUUAUAGAUUGUUUUGCCUUUGUACCAUUUAUUUGUGUGCUCAUAACUGUGAUUAUUCUAAUUGCUUUAUAUUUACCGGAAACAAAAGGAUUUAAUCCAGUUUAUAUUGAAUCAGUUUUCAAAGCUCAAUGUAAACAUUCAACACUUAUGCCGGUAAAACGAUUUUAAUCAUCAAUCAAAAUAAUUUAAAAUUAUACAAAUCAGUGUAGUACUAUCAUUGAAUUUAAUUUGUAAACGUCAUUUUAAAACGUUUUAUUUUACAGCAAAAUGAUCAAUAAAAUUUAUCCCGUUGAAUAAUUUUGAUUCAUAUAUUACAUUUCUGGUCAUGAAAAAAAUAUAUGACUGUUUAUAGCGGAUAAAAAUUAUUCGAUUGUUUUUUAUCAUUUCUUCAUAUUAACUAAAUUUUUGUUUAUUAAUUUAAUAAAAUUUAAUGAUCUAAAGUAGUUUUUUUUCAUUGAUUAUUAACUAAAGUCAUAGAUACAUUAAUAAUAAAAUAAUUUAAUGAAGAUGUGUUGCCAAUUCAUUAUUUCAAUUUUGUUUAAUCAACUAAAUGAAAUUAACUUUGAAAGCAGAUUAAAUAAAUUGAGUAUUGAUUUAAUAAUUGUGAGAUUUUCGGUAUAAUUUGCUAAAAAAAUAUAAUCUUUUUCAUUAAAUUUUAUUAUGACUUCUGAUGAAUGAAGUAUCAAGGCGAUUUGUUUGAAUAUCUGGGUUAGCUGUUCCUGACAUCUGGAUAUUUCAACAAAUUUUUUCUGUUUUCUUGUUUGUUUUAAUACAUCCUUAUGACAUUUCACUGUACAACUUACAAAAAAGUCUAAUCAGAGACAUUGUGGUUGUUGGUAAUAUGCAUCGAAAAUAUUAUACAUUAUUCAAAUGUCGAUUCCUGAGC